AUGGAUACGGCCCUUGAAACCUCGGUUACCGUGGAGCAGCUGCCUCCCCCGAUCACCCUGAGCACCGACUCUGCCUCUCUCCAGGUCGCCGGGGAGCCGACCGUCACCAUCGACGUGACCCACGGCGAUAUCCCAGAACCCCCCACAGAUAACGGUCAACCUCACGACCGAUUAGAAGUCGAGUCACAUGCUCCCGCAGAUGUCUCUCCGCCCGCUCGUCCCCCGCCACCAGAAGAACAUGCCUACUGGGCCGAAAUCGAGGAAGACACUUCGCUUCCCGAUGAGGCCGAAAUGAAGGAGAUUGAAUCCUCAGCGGAUGUCAGUUCGUGUGAUUAUGAGUAUUGGGAGAAGAACUUCCACCCAGAGCUGGACGACCCGGAAUACCACCCAGCGGAGAAGGCCCGCCUCACGUGGAAGAUUAAAGGCGUUCGGGGUACGAAGGAGUCGCCGAACUAUGCCAAAAUCAUUCGGUCUCCGCCCGCAUACGUUGGUGGCUACUGGUGGACGAUCAAGUUCUUCCCACGCGGCAACAACGUGAACUCGCUGAGCAUUUAUCUUGAAUGCUCUGCCACCAUGCCGGUCCCCGAUAAGACUCACCCGGAGACCGAAUUUGCCGUCGUCCAGGGUCCUGCCGACAGUGAUCUCCAAAGCACUACCCCAGCUUUGAAUGUCAAAUAUCCUCGAUCAGAGGACUCCACGGCGUGGCUCGACCAUUACAAUUCACACUACCUGCCCACUGUAGAGCAGGCGGACCCUCCUACCGAUACAUGGCGAGUCUCCGCCCAAAUCGGCGUCAUACUAUACAACCCGGACGAGCCUCGCACCGCAUGGCAGCAGGCCUCUUGCCACCAGUUCAACCCGCAUAACUUGGACUGGGGUUGGACCAACUUCCACGCCCCCUGGGACGAAAUUCAUCGUCGCCAGCGUGGCCAACGCCAGCCAUUGCUUCGUAACGACACGCUGGCUUUCGAUGCCUACAUUCGUGUUAUCGACGACCCAACUCGGUCCCUGUGGUGGCAUUGCAGCGACUCCGAGCCUACCUGGGACAGCUUGAGUCUCACCGGGUAUCGCCCCUUGGGUGACUCGGUCAUCAACCACAGCGCCGAGGUCGCCGGUUUGGCCACCUGGCUGCACAUCGCCCCUUUCUGCAAGAUCAUCCAGAACGUAAAUGUGCUAGAGCACCUGACCAAUUGCGACGUCAAGCCGAAGCCAUUAUGUGAUGCGUUGCAAAAGUUCUUGUGGCACUUGCGCUCGCGCGGCAAGUCCCUACAAUACGUCGACACCGACACCAUCACCUCAACCCUUCGUAACCUGCACGAGUACUCGGGUGAUGUUUGUGAAUUUUGGGAGCGAUUGCGGCGGACCCUUGAGCUGGAACUUGCAGGCACCGAUGCUGUGAAAGACCUCGCUGCCAUCUUCGACAGCCCAACUCCGCAGCUACCUUCCGCCCCUGCAGACGGCGAGGACGUGAUCAACACCAUUCCCAAGGACUUUAACUCACGCAUCUGUGUGCCCGCUGAUCAGGCCGGCACCAUGCAUGAAGCUCUCGAUUGGUAUUUAGGACAGAAGCCGGGUCGCUGGGCGCUGCCACCUAUCCUUCACGUGGAGUUGGGGCGUCAGAAACUCGACAAGGCGGCCCGACAAUGGCGCCUACUCUACAACCGAGUCGAGCUAGAUGAGGAACUCGAUCUCGCCCCCCGGAUUGUCGAUGGACAAAGUGGAAAAUAUGUCCUUUAUGGCUACAUUGUCCACCGUGGUCGACGAACCUCGGGCAAGUUUUUCAGCAUCCUCCGCCCCGGAGGGCCUGGCUCCAAAUGGCUGGCCUUUGACGAUGGCAGCGACAACCGCGUGGAAUGUUUAACGCGCAAAACAGCCUUGGGUCCUCACGUCGGUCUGGAUUCAUCUCAGAAUGUGGACCACAAAACGGGGCAUGACGUCGCAAUCGCCGCUAUGUACAUCCGGGACGAUGCCGUGCAGGAGUAUCUCCCCGGACCACAAGGACCCUGGGAAGUCAACGCGGCAUUGAAGGGAUACUACGAGAACGGGGUGUAUCCUUUGUCCCAGUCUCCAGAUGAGAAGCUCGCCGAUGACAUCCAAGUUGAGAUUUAUUCGGUCCCGCAGUAUGAUAAGCUGGACAGUCUCUUCGAUACAUACGAUCUGAUGUCGCAGGCUAAGACGGCCAACAACGUCAUGUACCUCACCGUUCCUCGCUCAACCAAUCUCAUUGAUCUGCGAAAGAAAAUUGCCCAGUGGGCUUCGGCAGGCGCCGAGAGCACCACCAUCCCGGAACAUGUCCGCCUGUGGCAAAUUGGUCACACUCUUGAUCGGUUCGGACCGACCCUUGCCUUUUCGCGGGUGUCGGACCUAAAGACAACAUUGGAUCUUCCCUUGAAGGUUGCUCGUUUCUGGAUGCAGGUUGUCUCAGAAGUGGAUGCGAAGUACUUCGCCAUGAAGGACCCUCAAGACGCAAUCACAACUGAGAGCAACAAGCCCGAGGAGGCAAUCCUUGAGCGGGAGGAUUCGGACUCUGCGGACGACCACACGCCAGCACGCGAAGGGGAUGCCGCUCAGGCCAGUUCGUCUGGCACCUCGCCCGCAGCUGAUCUCGGCGACGGUCCCGGUACUGCUCCAGUGGCCACUGAAGCGUCAACAUCCGAGGAUCAUUCCGAGGGCCGAGCCCAAACUCCCGUUCCUGCUGCACCCGAACCUGAUUCCAACGGGACCGCCAAUGGCGAGGCGGUCGCCGAAAAUACCGACAAUGAUGCCGUUAUUGCAGCCAUCAUUGCGGAUGACGUUCAGCAGAUGGACACGGAGGGACCCUCCAAUACUGAACCCACGCCGGAACAAGCUCCUCAGCUAGCUCCCGCCGAGCCCGAACCGCCCACGGCCGAUGCCACGCCUACCAUCCCAACCGAGCCGGAGAUUAUACUCCCGGUGGAUCACGUCUACUACUUCAUCCAGAUGUUCGACGUUGAUACGCAAUCUCUGCGAACGGUGGGCUCUUUCUUUUCCCAGAAAGAGGACAACAUCAAGUCCGCCGUGCGAAAGCACCUCAAAUGGCCCGCAAGAAAGGACUUUCUGAUCUGGCAGCGUCUUGAUGGGACCACGGUCACCACCAUGUCUUCGGCGGAGACCUUCGAAGGCUUUGUGCCGGAUGGUACUUGCUUUAUCGUGGGUGACCGCCUCAACAAGGAUAGACGCGCUGAACUCAACGUCACUGGCCUCUUUGCCAAUCCUGAUCAACUCGUCCGCUACCUAUGGGCUUCCGCUCGCAGCCAUCCGACCAAAGCAUUCACGGGAACCAAGACCAUCAACGCCACGUUCACCAAUGAUUAUUAUAGCGGCGACUUCAAGAAUGGCUACUUCCACGGCAAAGGUACGCAUGUUACUGACUCCGCCGCCACCUACGCCGGCGACCACGUGUUCGGCAAACGCCACGGCAAAGGCUACAUGGAGUACCCAACCGGUGACACCUACGAUGGAGACUGGUUCGAGAACCAGUGCCACGGACAAGGCGCCUUCGUUGAGAAGAAGACCGGUAACAAGUACGUCGGCGGCUACAAGGAUGGCAAACGCCACGGCAAAGGCAUCAGCUACUGGGAAGUCGCCGACGAGGAGAUAAAUCUCUGCCAGAUUUGCUACAGCGAGGAGCAGGACGCCUUGUUCUACGAUUGCGGGCAUGUCUGCGCCUGCGUGACCUGCGCUCGACAAGUCGAUAUCUGUCCGAUCUGCCGCAAGAACAUCAUCAGCGUGGUAAAAAUCUACAGAACUUAA